AUGGUCCGACGACGACGAAGACGACGGGAUAACGCCUCCCCUGCAGCUUCCUUGGCUUCCUUGGCAGCAUAUGCCAUCCUGCUGUCUUUUUCGAUCUCCCCCACCGUUGCCGCCGCCGCCGCCGUGGCGCAUGCCCCCCGACGGCAAAAGCUUCAGCCUAUACACGAAACCCCGCCGGGCGGCGGCGACGGCGGCAUCGGAGGCAAAGGAUGGCACACGGUCCGCAAUAGCUGGAUCGAUGCCGACGAGGGAGAACUGGAGGCCGAAGAACGGAACGCCAGAUUGAUCAACGGAGAUAGUGAAGGGGCCUUCAGCGCUAACGGAGGAGGCGAUGGCAACAAGGGUGUUGGGCGCAACGGCAAACUAUGGGACGGGCAGGCUUCGGGCGCACCCGCUCUCGCGCUGGAGCCGUCGUGCAACCUGUUGGAUAGGCCAUCGGACGCUUAUCCCGGCGUGGUCAAGACGAUAGGCGGCACGGUGCCGGGCAUCCUUCAGGAUUCAUCGUGGUGUGCCGGCGACGAAGAUUGCGUGGUUCCUCCAGCAACAGGGGCUGGCAACAACGAGGAGGCGGUAAGAGGAGGCGGCGUGGGUGGCAGUCAGGAAGGAACCAGUAGUUGCAUCGCUGCCGCUGGUGCCACCGGCGGCGCCAACGGCGGAGAAGCGGCGGCAUGCCUAGGAGAACCAUCUAUCUCAGGGGAUGCGGGCCGGGUGCCGGAUGUCGAGGCGCGGGCGUUGUCUGGCGGAGAAGGUCCUCCCAGGCGCGACGGACGAUUCACCACGACAGCUGCGGCUUCUCUUGCUGAUUUCACAACCACCGAACCAAAAGAACAGCAGUCCAGGCUCGUCGACGGCUACGCCACAAUCGCCACGGCUGCCUAUCCGCAAUCCAGACCACCAACCACCACGGAGCAGAGUAGCUUGCCUGCAGCCCGGCCUACCGUUGCAGCAGAACGGCCUCCCCAGCAGGAGCAAAGAGGGCCGUUGGUGAAGGGACAGGGUGCGAACAUCAACACCCGGGACAGGGAUACCGGCGGUGUAAAACACCCGGGCGCUACGGCUGUGGUCCACGGGGAAAGAAGGACCGGUGCAAGCGAUGAGGGUGCCAGGGCGGAGGAGCCAACACCAGGCCGGUGGAAUCGCAACGCGAACGUCGGUCCUACUGGUGGUAGCAAGGAACAAGGGCGGCGUGAGAUAGAGUUGUCUGCAGGAACCGGCGGGAGAGGGAGAAGAAGUGAGAACCGGGGCGGGGAGGGGGGGGGGCUGGAAACCGGCAUCGUUGGCGGCAAGUCGUGGCCUUCGUGGAGAACGUUCGCGUGCAUCUUGCUGCUGAGCGCGCUUGGUUUGAGCACAUUCCUGCGAGGAAGUAUGCCGCAUUGGCUACCGUUCUUCGGCGGAGGCCGCCGUCAGCGCUGGGCGAAAGACCUCGACUCGGCCAUCGCGCACGCCCGCUCCCGCGCCGGCAGCUUCUGCUCGGGCAGGGCCAGCGUGUUCUCGGGGGACCCCGUGGACGAUUCUGACCUGCCGGGCCUGAUUUCGGAUAGCGAAGAAGGCGAAGACGGCAACGACACCCAGGGCGUGGUGCCGGGAGAUGAUGAUGGAGAGGCCCCCCUGAUGUGGGACAGGAGGCCGAAGCCUGACGACUACCUGAUUUUCCACCCCGUGCUAGGAGUCGUGCCGGCGGGAGUCGUGCGUGCCUGGGGCGGUGACGGCUGCGGGGGUUGGGGCGGUGUGCGUGCGGAGGCGGCCGGGGCGAGGGCGGGAGGGACCAACGGGGGGACUGGCGGUAAAGGUUGUGGGUGUUCCUCCAAGUCUUCGUCGCCAAGAGGCGCUCGCGCGCCCGCAGCGAUGUCGUCGAAGGCGACCGCGGUGGGUGGUGUGGUCAAGGGGAAACAGCUGCCUCCGGACGAAUGGCCCGAGUGGCUGGCGGCCCGUAGAGCGACGGCAGCAGCAGCGGUAGCGGACGUAGAAGCAGGAAAGAAAGGAGUUGGGGCCGCGACAAUACGACCAGCAGCAGAAGCAGUACCAACAGAAGCAGACGCGAUUACCACAGCGCCAGCAGCAGUGCAAGGCAGGGAGGUCAAUGACGGGCGGGAGGUGCAACGGCGCGGCGAUAAUGAGAGGACGGCAACGGCGACGGAGGCGCGGCCGGCUGCUGCGAGUGGGGGGAAGACGGUGGUGGGUGUAGGGCAGACGGUCGACCCUCAUCAUCAGCAGCAAGCCCUGGGUAACGCGAGCCGCACCAGGCCAGCCGCGAUCGGGCUUCAGUUCGAAGACGGCUGCGUCAACGAUGGUGGCGGUGGCGACAGCAGCACGGAAGGGCCUAGACCGCUUGGUAGUGACGGCGGUGAUGCCUUGAGCUUUGUUGGCGGCGGCGGUGGAAGCGCUGGGAGCUAUUGCCCCUCGGAAGACAACAAUAUAGACGUGCGGGCGGGCGACUUCUCCGCGCGGCGGGUGUCGUUAUCUGCCGAGCAGCCGCCCGCGAUGACGGCGGGAUACCGCGUGUCCUAGGAUAGAGUGAGGCGUCUGUCAGCUUGUCCGUGCCUCCUUGCUGUUUCGUCGAUGGCGCGUGGAAAGCGUUGUAAUUUCCACCGCUGUCUGCUUGUGCUACAGGCGUCUCGUCAGGGAGGUGGUGUCUCCAGCGACUGGGAGGUAGAGAGGGAACGGCUCUGCUGUACCACCAGAAUAUCAUCACACACCACGUAAGGGCUUUCUUGUCGCGGUCGGGCCCGAUGUAGCUGCCACAGUGUGGGGGCAUCUUGACGCACUCUUUCUACUCUUGACAGCUGCGGUGGGCGUGCGAAGUGGCCGGUGCUCCCUUCCGGAUUCAAGCCGUAGGUUGCCAUGCCGUAAAACGUCACGCCCCCUGCAUCGGCAGCGAAAACAGCAGUGAUGGUGCCCCCCAACAUGAUGGCGUUGGAACCGUCUCGUCGAGAUCUCAUGUGCGGCUUGGCAUCCUCUUCGUGGAGGAAUCGAGCUUCGAAAAUCGGCGAAGGGGGGGUGGUAUCUUGUGACACCGUUGGUACAUUGCGGAGGUCGGGCGGAAGGGCGCAACGGCGGCGACUUGGCGAUUUGGUAUGCGGCGAGGAGAGCGUAGCUUCGGUUUGAGGCAAUCCGUGGCGUUCAGGCUGACCGUACGCUAUUUCUGAUGGGCAUGUCUGCUUUCCCUCAACGGCUUGGUUUUGUCGGGCUCUUGCUUUGUCUCUGAGAUGGUGGAGUUCGACUUGGUUCAGUGGCGUGCUGGAGAUUCUUUGGCUCGGGUUGGCCAUGAUUCUCGCGUCCGAGAGUUGCGGUUGGGGGUUGGCCGAGCAAAACACAGCAACUUCGGCUUUCGACAGCGCGUAGCUUUGGGCUAGCGUCUCGUUCUUGUGGAAGAAUUCAAGCACUGCGCCCGUCGGCCGACAGAGGCUUGUUAUCGUGACUUGGUGUUGUAUCAACAAAAUGUGCCGUGUUGUUGGUGUUGGAGGAGGAGGAGGAAGAUGUAGAGUGGUGAUUAUGGUGUUGGUUUUCUUGAUGUUGAUGGUGUUGGUUUUACCGUUUCGGGGCGGUGGGAGAGCGCGUACGGAAGGAGGGCUCAAGAGGGAUUAAAAUGAAUGUGCCGAUUUGGCUCGUAGGAAACAUGGCUGGUUCGACCGAUGAUUUGAUGCGAGCAUGGUGUCGUUUACACCCCGAAUUGCGUGAGUGAGAACGGGAGAGGAUUCAAGAGUCAGACCCCCGCCGAUUUUCGUGUCUGCUACCAUGACCCACGAGUCCCAUAGAAUGGAAGCUAGUUUUGAAGGGUAACCGAAUGGCCUACGUUCGAUAGGCCUAGACAUACCACACACUCGGUUCUUUGCCAUGGAAGCCCAAA